AUGCCACCACCACCACGCAUCUCAAUCGCGAGGUUUAUCGGAAGACUCUUCUUCAUCGCUCUGCUAGGGGGACUCUCGGCGUUAAUGGCGAUUUCUCAUCUAUGCUCGACAUAUCCUACUUGGGCGUCAUGGUACUGCUCGUCUGCGACCACACUUCAAGAUCUCGUUCUUUCAUCCUUUGAUGAGGUGCACCUAGCGGCACUUGCCGGUGCCAUUCCCUACCUACCCUGGACAUCAUCAGGCUGCUGCGCGUCUUGUAUGGAUAUCGCGGACGCGGCGGAGAUCAUCUAUUCGCACCUCCAGCAUGUCCAUGUCAUGAUGGAUUUGCUUGAAGGCGGCGCGAGGGAGAAGAAGGAUCAGCAGGUGGUCCAUGGGUUGCGGAAUGCGAGGAUAUUCGAUUAUGUUGCGCGCGAUGAGGAAAGGAGGGCGUUGUUGGAUAGUCUUACGGCGUUUGCGUUGCUUCAGAGGGAUGUGGAGAGGCAGUAUGAUAGUUUUUGGAGUGUGGAUUUUGCGUUGUCGAUGGUUUUUGUGAUUAGCGACUUCAAAAUGGCGAUUGGCGAGUUGAAUGCCACGGUUGAGUACGAGCAAGAUCCAGGUUUAUUUACUAUGCCCAAGCGGCGCGUGGUGGUUGAUGAUAUCUUGCGGAAGUUGCUCGACGGUUUGGUGAACAUCCUGGAGUACCGAUUCAAGAUUGUCGCUAUGAGUGUUCCUUCGCUCUCGGAUUUGAUCUCGCAGGUGCAUAGCCACGGACAGCAGAUAUCCGACGAGCUGGAGGCUGAGAUACCUAGGGUGCGAGAGGCGUAUGAGAAUAUCCCGUGGUGGCAGUCCGUUGCGCCGAUAGAGAUGUUGGGGGAGGGAACGCAGCGGAGGGUCUUUACUAGUUAUCAUGAGUUUCUGGAGGCGAAGGCGGUGGAUAUUCGGGAUUUGGUGGAGCGUGCAGCGAUUGUGAAUGAUAAUUUUAGGAUGCUGGGGAGGUAUUUUAGUUGGUAUAUGGAUGUACCGCCGACGGGGGUUAUCACGAAAAGGCCGGGGAGGGUUCUUACUGUUGCGAGGCUCCUGGAGGUUGUGGAAGACCUCGAGUAUCGGAUUAGUUCGAUUGGGACGGGUACUAAGAUGCCGCGCCGUCGGUUCACUUGUACCUGCGCACAACUUCCAUAG